GGGGACGGGCGGCGACGGAAGCGGGGCGCUGAGGGCCGUUCGGCCGUGGGGGCGCCAGGACUCCGGGCAGGCCUCCCCUCAAGCGGCUCGGGCGGCAGGGCCCCGCCGAGGCCGCGGCCGCUCAGGGCGGCGCGCAGAGCCUAGGCUGGGUGAACUCAUGGACCUGACAGUUUUCUUUUGAAAAGUACCUCCCCCCACCAAAAGAAAAAUGGCAUUUGUUGCAACGCAGGGGGCCACAGUGGUCGACCAGACCACUCUGAUGAAGAAGUACCUUCAGUUUGUGGCCGCCCUCACGGAUGUGAAUACACCCGAUGAAACCAAAUUAAAAAUGAUGCAAGAAGUGAGCGAAAACUUUGAGAACGUGACAUCAUCUCCUCAGUAUUCUACAUUCCUGGAACAUAUCAUCCCUCGGUUCCUUACAUUUCUUCAAGAUGGAGAAGUUCAGUUUCUUCAGGAGAAACCAGCCCAGCAACUGCGGAAGCUAGUUCUUGAAAUAAUCCAUAGAAUACCGACCAAUGAGCAUCUUCGUCCUCAUACGAAAAAUGUGUUGUCUGUGAUGUUUCGGUUUUUAGAGACGGAAAAUGAAGAAAAUGUCCUGAUUUGUCUAAGAAUAAUUAUUGAGCUACACAAACAGUUCAGGCCACCCAUCACACAAGAAAUUCAUCAUUUUUUGGAUUUUGUGAAACAAAUUUAUAAGGAGCUUCCAAAAGUGGUGAACCGCUACUUUGAAAAUCCUCAGGUGAUCCCCGAGAACACAGUGCCUCCCCCAGAAAUGGUUGGUAUGAUUACAACAAUUGCUGUAAAAGUCAACCCUGAGCGUGAGGACAGUGAGACGAGAACACACUCCAUCAUUCCACGAGGAUCCCUUUCUCUGAAAGUGUUGGCAGAGCUGCCCAUCAUUGUAGUGCUAAUGUAUCAGCUCUAUAAACUGAACAUCCACAACGUUGUUGCAGAAUUUGUGCCCUUGAUCAUGAACACCAUUGCGAUUCAGGUGUCUGCACAGGCCAGGCAACAUAAGCUUUAUAACAAGGAGUUAUAUGCUGAUUUCAUUGCUGCUCAGAUUAAAACACUGUCAUUUUUAGCUUAUAUCAUUAGAAUUUACCAGGAGCUGGUAACUAAGUAUUCUCAACAGAUGGUAAAAGGAAUGUUGCAGUUGCUUUCAAAUUGUCCAGCGGAGACAGCACACCUCAGGAAGGAACUCCUAAUUGCUGCAAAGCAUAUCCUUACAACAGAGCUGAGAAACCAGUUCAUCCCGUGCAUGGACAAGCUGUUUGAUGAAUCCAUAUUGAUCGGCUCUGGAUACACUGCUCGAGAGACGCUCAGGCCCCUUGCCUACAGUACCUUGGCCGACCUCGUGCACCAUGUCCGACAGCACCUGCCCCUCAGUGACCUCUCCCUCGCUGUCCAGCUCUUUGCAAAGAAUAUCGACGAUGAGUCCCUGCCCAGCAGUAUCCAGACCAUGUCCUGCAAGCUGCUGCUGAACCUGGUGGACUGCAUCCGCUCCAAGAGUGAGCAGGAGAGCGGCAAUGGGCGGGAUGUCCUAAUGCGCAUGCUGGAGGUAUUUGUUCUGAAAUUCCACACCAUUGCUCGGUACCAGCUGUCUGCCAUUUUUAAGAAGUGCAAGCCGCAGUCGGAACUUGGGGCGGUAGAGGCUUCUCUGCCCGGGGUGCCCACUGCACCCGCAGCUCCAGGCCCUGCUCCCUCACCAGCCCCUGUGCCCACCCCUGCCCCAGCUCCACCCCCACCGCCCACACCAGCCACCCCUGUGACGCCAGCCCCUGUGCCUUCCUUUGAGAAGCAAGGGGAAAAGGACAAAGAGGACAAACAGACGUUCCAGGUGACAGACUGCCGCAGUCUGGUGAAGACCCUGGUGUGCGGCGUGAAAACCAUCACCUGGGGCAUAACGUCGUGCAAGGCGCCUGGUGAAGCUCAGUUCAUUCCGAACAAGCAGUUGCAACCCAAAGAGACUCAGAUUUACAUAAAGCUUGUGAAAUAUGCAAUGCAGGCUUUAGACAUAUACCAGGUACAGAUAGCAGGGAAUGGGCAGACAUACAUCCGGGUUGCAAACUGCCAGACUGUUAGAAUGAAGGAGGAGAAGGAGGUGCUGGAACACUUUGCUGGUGUGUUCACAAUGAUGAAUCCCUUGACAUUUAAAGAAAUUUUCCAAACGACAGUUCCAUAUAUGGUGGAAAGAAUCUCAAAAAAUUAUGCUCUUCAGAUUGUCGCCAAUUCCUUCUUGGCGAAUCCAACUACCUCUGCCCUGUUUGCAACGAUUCUGGUGGAGUAUCUCCUUGACCGCCUGCCAGAAAUGGGCUCCAAUGUGGAGCUUUCCAACCUGUACCUCAAGCUGUUCAAGCUGGUCUUUGGCUCAGUCUCCCUCUUCGCAGCUGAAAAUGAACAAAUGCUCAAGCCUCAUCUGCACAAGAUUGUGAAUAGCUCUAUGGAGCUUGCACAGACAGCCAAGGAGCCCUACAACUACUUCCUGCUGCUUCGGGCCCUGUUCCGCUCCAUCGGUGGAGGCAGCCAUGACCUCCUGUACCAGGAAUUUCUGCCUCUCCUCCCGAACCUCCUGCAAGGGCUGAAUAUGCUGCAGAGUGGCCUGCACAAGCAGCACAUGAAGGACCUCUUUGUGGAGCUGUGUCUCACGGUGCCUGUGCGGCUGAGCUCGCUCCUGCCCUACCUGCCCAUGUUGAUGGACCCCUUGGUGUCUGCGCUCAAUGGCUCUCAGACACUGGUCAGCCAGGGCCUGAGGACGCUGGAGUUGUGUGUGGACAACCUGCAGCCCGACUUCCUCUAUGACCACAUCCAGCCAGUGCGCGCAGAGCUCAUGCAGGCCUUGUGGCGCACUUUGCGCAACCCGGCUGACAGUAUCUCCCAUGUGGCCUACCGCGUCCUCGGCAAGUUUGGCGGCAGUAACAGGAAGAUGCUGAAGGAAUCCCAGAAGCUGCACUACGUUGUGACCGAGGUUCAAGGCCCCAGCAUCACGGUGGAGUUUUCCGACUGCAAAGCAUCCCUCCAGCUCCCUAUGGAGAAGGCCAUCGAGACGGCUCUAGACUGCCUGAAGAGUGCCAACACCGAGCCGUACUACCGGAGGCAGGCAUGGGAGGUGAUCAAGUGCUUCCUGGUGGCGAUGAUGAGCCUGGAGGAUAACAAGCAUGCCCUCUACCAGCUUCUGGCUCACCCCAACUUCACAGAAAAGGCCAUACCCAGUGUCAUCAUCUCGCACCGCUACAAGGCCCAGGACACCCCGGCCCGGAAGACCUUUGAGCAGGCACUGACCGGGGCUUUCAUGUCCGCUGUCAUCAAAGACUUGCGGCCCAGCGCACUGCCCUUUGUGGCCAGCCUGAUCCGUCACUACACCAUGGUGGCCGUCGCCCAGCAGUGCGGUCCUUUUCUGCUCCCUUGCUACCAAGUGGGCAGCCAGCCCAGCACGGCCAUGUUCCACAGUGAGGAAAAUGGGUCGAAAGGAAUGGACCCCCUGGUUCUCAUUGAUGCCAUAGCGAUCUGCAUGGCGUAUGAAGAGAAGGAGCUCUGCAAGAUCGGGGAGGUUGCCCUGGCAGUCAUCUUUGAUGUUGCCAGUAUCAUCCUGGGCUCGAAGGAGAGGGCUUGCCAGCUGCCUCUCUUCUCCUACAUCGUAGAGCGCCUCUGCGCCUGUUGUUACGAGCAGGCCUGGUAUGCAAAGCUGGGUGGUGUGGUGUCCAUUAAGUUCCUCAUGGAGCGGCUGCCUCUCACAUGGGUUCUCCAGAACCAGCAGACCUUCCUCAAGGCCCUUCUCUUUGUCAUGAUGGACUUAACUGGAGAGGUUUCCAAUGGGGCUGUCGCCAUGGCCAAGACCACCCUGGAGCAGCUCCUGAUGCGCUGCGCAGCCCCGCUGAAGGACGAGGAGCGAGCCGAGGACAUUGUGGCAGCCCAGGAGAAGUCUUUUCACCAUGUGACGCAUGACCUGGUCCGCGAGGUCACGUCCCCCAACUCCACUGUGAGGAAGCAGGCCAUGCACUCCCUGCAGGUGCUGGCCCAAGUCACAGGGAAGAGUGUGACGGUGAUCAUGGAGCCCCACAAGGAGGUCCUCCAGGAUAUGGUCCCACCCAAGAAGCACCUGCUCAGGCACCAGCCUGCCAAUGCACAGAUUGGCCUGAUGGAGGGGAACACCUUCUGCACCACGCUGCAGCCCCGCCUCUUCACCAUGGACCUUAACGUGGUGGAGCACAAGGUGUUCUACACAGAGUUGUUGAACCUGUGUGAGGCUGAAGAUUCAGCUCUGACCAAACUGCCCUGUUAUAAAAGCCUGCCGUCUCUCGUGCCGUUGCGAAUUGCGGCACUAAAUGCACUUGCUGCCUGCAACUACCUUCCUCAGUCCAGAGAGAAGAUUAUCGCUGCGCUCUUCAAAGCCCUCAAUUCCACCAACAGUGAGCUCCAGGAGGCAGGAGAAGCUUGCAUGAGGAAGUUUUUAGAGGGAGCAACCAUAGAAGUGGAUCAGAUCCACACGCACAUGCGGCCUCUGUUGAUGAUGCUGGGGGAUUACAGAAGUUUGACGCUCAACGUCGUCAAUCGCCUGACAUCUGUCACCAGGCUCUUCCCAAACUCCUUCAAUGACAAGUUUUGUGACCAGAUGAUGCAACAUCUGCGAAAGUGGAUGGAAGUCGUGGUCCUCACCCAUAAGGGGGGCCAGAGGAGCGACGGAAACGAGAGCAUGUCAGAGUGCGGGAGAUGUUCCUUGUCUCCAUUCUGUCAGUUUGAGCCUGCCAUGGAUGAGGUAGAGGAGAUGAAAAUUUGCUCAGCAAUUAUCAACCUUUUCCACCUGAUCCCAGCUGCACCACAGACUCUGGUCAAGCCUUUGCUGGAGGUCGUGAUGAAAACGGAGCGGGCCAUGCUGAUUGAGGCCGGCAGCCCCUUCAGGGAGCCCCUGAUCAAGUUUCUCACGCGGCACCCCUCUCAGACGGUGGAGCUGUUCAUGAUGGAAGCCACGCUCAAUGACCCCCAGUGGAGUCGGAUGUUCAUGAGUUUUCUGAAGCACAGGGACGCGCGGCCCCUGCGCGACGUGCUGGCAGCCAACCCCAACAGAUUCAUUACCCUGCUGCUGCCGGGCGGCACUCAGCCUGCAGUGCGUCCCGGCUCACCCAGCACCAUGCGCCUGGACCUGCAGUUCCAGGCCAUCAAGAUCAUCAGCAUCAUUGUCAAAAACGACGACUCCUGGCUGGCCAAUCAGCACUCUCUGGUGAGCCAGCUGAGACGGGUGUGGGUCAGCGAGACCUUUCAGGAGCGACACCGGAAGGAGAACAUGGCGGCCACGAACUGGAAGGAGCCCAAGCUGCUGGCCUACUGUCUGCUGAAUUACUGCAAGAGGAAUUAUGGAGACAUUGAAUUGCUGUUCCAGCUGCUCCGAGCCUUCACUGGCCGUUUCCUAUGCAACAUGGCCUUCUUGAAAGAGUACAUGGAGGAAGAGAUCCCCAGAAAUUAUAGCAUCACCCAAAAACGCGCACUGUUUUUUCGCUUUGUAGACUUCAACGACCCCAACUUUGGAGAUGAGCUCAAAGCCAAGGUUCUGCAGCACAUCUUGAAUCCUGCUUUCUUGUACAGCUUUGAAAAGGGGGAAGGAGAGCAGCUCUUGGGACCUCCGAAUCCAGAAGGCGAUAACCCAGAAAGCAUCACCAGCGUAUUCAUUAGCAAGGUCCUGGACCCUGAGAAGCAGGCAGACAUGCUGGACUCGCUGCGCAUCUACCUGCUACAGUAUGCCACUCUGCUGGUGGAGCACGCCCCGCACCACAUACAUGACAACAACAAGAACCGCAACAGCAAGCUGCGCCGCCUGAUGACCUUUGCCUGGCCCUGCCUGCUCUCCAAGGCCUGCGUGGACCCUGCCUGCAAGUAUAGCGGGCACCUGCUGCUGGCGCACAUCAUUGCCAAGUUUGCCAUCCACAAGAAGAUUGUUCUGCAGGUUUUUCACAGCCUCCUCAAGGCCCACGCAAUGGAGGCGCGUGCCAUCGUCAGACAGGCCAUGGCCAUCUUGACCCCGGCAGUGCCCGCCAGAAUGGAGGACGGGCACCAGAUGCUGACGCACUGGACAAGGAAGAUUAUUGUGGAGGAGGGCCACACGGUCCCCCAGCUGGUGCACAUCCUGCAUCUGAUAGUCCAGCAUUUCAAGGUGUACUAUCCAGUGCGGCACCACCUGGUGCAACAUAUGGUGAGCGCCAUGCAGCGGCUGGGCUUCACACCCAGCGUCACCAUUGAGCAGCGGAGACUGGCUGUGGACCUAUCGGAAGUUGUCAUCAAGUGGGAGCUACAGAGGCUCAAGGACCAGCAGCCGGAUUCAGACAUGGACACAAGUUCAAGUGGAGAAGGCAGCUCUAUGUCCUCUUCCAUCAAGCGAGGCCUGUCAGUGGAUUCUGCUCAGGAAGUAAAGCGUUUUCGCACGGCCACGGGAGCCAUCAGUGCGGUGUUUGGGAGGAGCCAGUCUCUGCCUGGGCCCGACUCUCUGCUGACCAAGCCCAUCGACAAGCAGCACAUGGACACGGUGGUGAACUUCCUCAUCCGAGUGGCUUGUCAGGUCAACGACAACACCAACACUGCAGGCUCCCCUGGUGAGGUGCUAUCCCGCCGCUGCGUCACGCUCCUCAAGACGGCCCUGCGACCUGACAUGUGGCCCAAGUCCGAGCUAAAGCUGCAGUGGUUUGACAAGCUGCUGAUGAGUGUGGAGCAGCCCAGUCAGGUCAACUACGGGAACAUUUGCACGGGCCUGGAGGUGCUGAGCUUCCUGUUGACGGUGCUGCAGGCCCCCGCCAUCCUCAGCAGCUUCAAGCCCCUGCAGCGCGGCAUCGCCGCCUGCAUGACAUGCGGAAACACCAAGGUGCUGCGGGCCGUCCACAGCCUCCUCUCUCGCCUCAUGAGCAUCUUCCCAACAGAGCCAAGUACCUCCAGCGUGGCCUCCAAGCAUGAGGAGCUGGAAUGCCUGUAUGCCGCCGUGGGCAAGGUCAUCUAUGAAGGGCUCACCAACUAUGAGAAGGCCACCAGUGCCAACCCCUCCCAGCUUUUUGGGACCUUGAUGAUUCUCAAGUCCGCCUGCAGCAACAACCCCAGCUACAUCGACAGGUUGAUCUCGGUCUUCAUGCGCUCCCUCCAGAAGAUGGUCCGUGAGCACCUGAACCCACAGGCAGCAUCGGGCAGUGCCGAGGCCACCUCAGGGACCAGCGAGCUGGUGAUGCUGAGCCUGGAGCUGGUGAAGACGCGACUGGCUGUGAUGAGCAUGGAGAUGAGGAAGAACUUCAUCCAGGCCAUCCUGACCUCCCUCAUCGAGAAGUCGCCUGACUCCAAGAUCCUCCGGGCUGUGGUGAAGAUCGUGGAAGAGUGGGUUAAAAAUAAUUCCCCCAUGGCAGUCAACCAGACACCAACCCUGCGAGAGAAGUCCAUUUUGCUUGUGAAAAUGAUGACUUACAUAGAGAAACGCUUUCCAGAAGACCUUGAACUAAAUGCCCAGUUUUUAGACCUUGUUAACUAUGUCUACAGGGAUGAGACACUGUCUGGCAGUGAGUUGACUGCAAAGCUCGAGCCUGCCUUUCUCUCUGGGCUGCGCUGUGCCCAGCCGCUCAUCAGGGCCAAGUUUUUUGAGGUGUUUGACAACUCCAUGAAGCGCCGGGUCUAUGAGCGCCUGCUUUAUGUGACCUGUUCCCAGAACUGGGAAGCCAUGGGAAACCACUUCUGGAUCAAGCAGUGCAUCGAGCUGCUCCUGGCUGUGUGUGAGAAGAGCACGCCUAUCGGGACCAGCUGCCAGGGUGCUAUGCUGCCAUCCAUCACCAACGUCAUCAACCUGGCUGACAGCCAUGACCGUGCCGCCUUCGCCAUGGUCACCCAUGUCAAGCAGGAGCCCCGGGAGCGUGAGAAUAGCGAGUCCAAAGAGGAGGAUGUGGAGAUAGAUAUUGAACUAGCUCCUGGAGACCAGACCAGUACCCCUAAAACCAAGGAACUGUCUGAGAAGGACAUUGGGAACCAGCUGCACAUGUUAACCAACAGACAUGACAAGUUCCUCGACACACUCCGGGAAGUGAAGACGGGAGCGCUACUUAGUGCCUUUGUCCAGCUCUGCCACAUUUCCACGACGCUAGCGGAGAAGACAUGGGUUCAGCUCUUCCCCCGGCUGUGGAAGAUUCUAUCAGACAGACAGCAGCAUGCCCUUGCCGGGGAAAUCAGCCCAUUCCUGUGCAGUGGCAGCCAUCAGGUGCAGCGGGACUGCCAGCCCAGUGCCCUCAACUGCUUCGUGGAAGCCAUGUCCCAGUGCGUGCCGCCCAUCCCCAUCCGUCCCUGUGUCCUCAAGUACUUGGGGAAGACACACAACCUUUGGUUCCGCUCCACCUUGAUGCUUGAGCACCAAGCUUUUGAGAAAGGCCUGAGUCUGCAGAUUAAGCCGAAACAGACAACAGAGUUCUAUGAGCAGGAGAGUAUCACUCCACCACAGCAGGAGAUCCUGGACUCCCUGGCUGAGCUGUACUCUCUGCUGCAAGAGGAGGACAUGUGGGCCGGCCUGUGGCAGAAGCGGUGCAAGUACUCGGAGACGGCCACGGCCAUCGCCUAUGAGCAGCACGGCUUCUUCGAACAGGCACAAGAAUCCUAUGAGAAGGCGAUGGAUAAAGCCAAGAAAGAGCAUGAGCGCAGCAACGCGUCCCCUGCAAUCUUCCCCGAGUACCAGCUUUGGGAGGACCACUGGAUUCGUUGCUCGAAGGAGCUGAACCAGUGGGAGGCCUUGACGGAGUAUGGCCAGUCCAAAGGGCACAUCAACCCCUACCUCGUCCUGGAGUGUGCAUGGCGGGUGUCCAACUGGACCGCCAUGAAGGAGGCAUUGGUGCAGGUGGAGGUCAGCUGCCCGAAGGAGAUGGCUUGGAAGGUGAACAUGUACCGAGGCUACCUGGCCAUCUGCCACCCUGAGGAGCAGCAGCUCAGCUUCAUCGAGCGCCUGGUGGAGAUGGCCAGCAGCCUGGCCAUUCGAGAGUGGCGGCGGCUACCCCAUGUCGUGUCGCAUGUGCACACACCCCUCCUCCAGGCAGCCCAGCAGAUCAUCGAGCUUCAGGAGGCUGCUCAGAUCAACGCGGGCUUGCAGCCCACCAACCUGGGCCGGAACAACAGCCUGCACGACAUGAAGACGGUGGUGAAGACCUGGAGGAACCGACUGCCCAUCGUCUCAGAUGACUUGUCGCACUGGAGCAGCGUCUUCAUGUGGCGGCAGCACCAUUACCAGGGUAAACCUACCUGGUCCGGCAUGCAUUCAUCAUCUAUUGUAACUGCCUAUGAGAAUAGUUCUCAGCACGAUCCAAGUUCAAAUAAUGCUAUGCUUGGGGUUCAUGCGUCAGCUUCUGCCAUCAUCCAGUACGGGAAAAUUGCCCGCAAACAGGGACUGGUCAACGUUGCUCUGGACAUCCUGAGCCGUAUCCAUACUAUCCCAACUGUGCCCAUCGUGGACUGUUUUCAGAAGAUUCGACAGCAAGUCAAAUGUUACCUGCAGCUGGCAGGAGUCAUGGGGAAAAACGAGUGUAUGCAGGGUCUUGAAGUCAUUGAAUCUACAAACUUGAAAUACUUUACAAAAGAGAUGACAGCUGAAUUUUAUGCCCUCAAGGGGAUGUUCUUGGCUCAGAUAAACAAGUCUGAGGAGGCAAACAAGGCCUUUUCUGCGGCGGUCCAGAUGCAUGAUGUGCUGGUGAAGGCGUGGGCCAUGUGGGGUGACUACCUGGAGAACAUCUUCGUGAAGGAGCGGCAGCUGCAUCUGGGGGUGUCUGCCAUCACCUGCUACCUGCACGCGUGCCGGCAUCAGAACGAGAGCAAGUCUCGGAAGUACUUGGCCAAGGUGCUGUGGCUCUUGAGUUUUGAUGAUGACAAGAACACUCUGGCAGAUGCCGUGGACAAGUACUGCAUCGGCGUACCCCCCAUCCAGUGGCUGGCCUGGAUCCCCCAGCUGCUCACGUGUCUGGUGGGCUCUGAGGGAAAGCUGCUUCUCAACCUCAUCAGCCAGGUUGGCCGAGUGUACCCCCAGGCCGUCUACUUCCCCAUCCGGACCCUGUACUUGACCCUAAAGAUAGAGCAGCGGGAGCGCUACAAGAGUGAUUCUGGACAGCAGCAGCCAAGUUCAGUGGGUAACCAGUCCCAUUCUGCAUCAGAUCCAGGGCCCAUAAGAGCGACAGCACCCAUGUGGCGCUGCAGCCGAAUCAUGCACAUGCAGCGGGAACUCCACCCGACCCUGCUGUCUUCUCUGGAAGGCAUCGUCGACCAGAUGGUCUGGUUCAGAGAAAACUGGCACGAAGAGGUGCUUCGGCAGCUCCAGCAGGGCCUGGCAAAGUGCUACUCGGUGGCGUUUGAGAAGAGCGGCGCAGUGUCGGAUGCCAAGAUCACCCCCCACACGCUCAAUUUCGUCAAGAAGUUGGUGAGCACAUUCGGGGUGGGCCUGGAGAACGUAUCCAACGUCUCCACCAUGUUCUCCAGCGCUGCCUCUGAGUCUCUGGCUCGGCGGGCACAGGCCACGGCCCAGGACCCCGUCUUCCAGAAGCUGAAGGGCCAGUUCACGACAGAUUUUGACUUCAGUGUUCCAGGCUCCAUGAAGCUUCACAACCUCAUUUCAAAACUGAAAAAGUGGAUCAAGAUUCUGGAGGCCAAAACCAAGCAACUCCCAAAAUUCUUCCUCAUCGAGGAGAAGUGCCGCUUUUUAAGCAAUUUUUCAGCUCAGACAGCUGAUGUAGAAAUUCCCGGGGAGUUUCUGAUGCCGAAGCCGACACAUUAUUAUAUCAAGAUUGCUCGGUUUAUGCCCCGGGUGGAGAUUGUGCAGAAGCACAAUACGGCAGCCCGGAGACUGUACAUCCGUGGGCACAAUGGCAAGAUCUACCCCUACCUGGUCAUGAACGAUGCCUGCCUGACGGAGUCACGCCGCGAGGAGCGUGUGCUGCAGCUGCUGCGCCUGCUGAACCCCUGUCUGGAGAAGAGGAAGGAGACCACCAAGAGGCACUUGUUCUUCACAGUUCCUCGAGUUGUGGCAGUGUCCCCACAGAUGCGCCUCGUGGAGGACAACCCCUCGUCCCUCUCCCUGGUGGAGAUCUACAAGCAGCGCUGUGCCAAGAAGGGCAUCGAGCAUGACAACCCCAUCUCGCGCUACUACGACCGGCUGGCUACAGUACAGGCUCGCGGGACCCAGGCCAGCCACCAGGUCCUGCGUGACAUCCUCAAGGAGGUGCAGAGCAACAUGGUUCCACGCAGCAUGCUCCGCGAGUGGGCGCUGCACACCUUCCCCAAUGCCACUGACUACUGGACCUUCCGCAAGAUGCUCACCAUCCAGCUGGCGCUCAUCGGCUUUGCCGAGUUCGUGCUGCACCUCAACAGGCUCAACCCUGAGAUGCUGCAGAUCGCCCAGGACACUGGCAAGCUGAAUGUUGCCUACUUCCGGUUCGACAUAAAUGACGCCACUGGAGACUUGGAUGCCAACCGCCCCGUCCCUUUCCGCCUCACACCGAACAUCUCCGAGUUCCUCACCACCAUCGGCGUCUCAGGCCCGCUCACUGCCUCCAUGAUCGCCGUGGCCCGAUGCUUCGCUCAGCCCAACUUCAAGGCAGGUGGCAUCCUGAAGACUGUGCUUCGGGAUGAGAUCAUUGCGUGGCACAAGAAGACGCAGGAGGACACGUCCUCUCCGCUUUCAGCAGCUGGGCAGCCCGAGAACAUGGACAGCCAGCAGCUGGUGUCGCUGGUGCAGAAGGCCGUGACAGCCAUCAUGACCCGCCUGCACAACCUUGCCCAGUUUGAGGGUGGCGAGAGCAAGGUGAACACGCUGGUGGCCGCCGCCAACAGCCUGGACAAUCUGUGCCGCAUGGACCCUGCCUGGCACCCCUGGCUGUGAGGUGGUGCCCAGGGCCCUGGGCACACAGUGGCGUCCCUGGAGGCCUGUGCAGACGAGGGUCACAUUCAGAUCGGAGUGAGAGUGACAGCGAGCCUGUGAGCAGAGGCAGAGCUGACGCAACUCCAUGCUUUUUAAGACAGCUUUUAACAAGCCAGGAUUCCUCUGUCUGGAAUUUGUGGAUUCUUUUUUAUUACAUCCACCCCCCCCCCCACUCCCUCCGAGUGAGGGACUGAGCCAUAGAAAUGUCUCAUCCAUUUUUAAUGAAGAGCGACGCCUGCCAGCACAGCCCUCGGGAUGGGGCCAGAGCGUCCCCUGGGGGAACCUGCUCCAAGCAGCUGUGCUGUCGGCCUCACUGCAGCGGCCCCAUGGGGACCCUCGGGACCGAGCCGAAGGCUUCCAGACGCCGUCGAGACAUUUACUAUCAUUGUACCUGAACAAAAAAAAAAAAAAAAAAAUCAAUUUUUCCUUCUUAAUUUAAGAAAUAACAGCAACGAACGUUUGUCCAUAAAUUCCAAUCUGUUAUGUUCACAUUUUUAUAAAUAGGAGCAUUGAGAAUGUUCUAUCUAAAUUUGUACAGUGUGACUUUUUUAGAAUAAAUAUUUUAUAAAAGGA